UCACAAUAGAAGAAUCUUGUCCUCGAUAGCACCGAGAACAGAUAUGCGAGGGGCCUGUUCUCCUUGAUCUUGCCACAUGGAAGCCCCUAGCACUUUUGGAGAAGGCAGCUUCAAAGCCCGAGAAAUGAAACAGCUCAGUUCAGCUUCAGACUUGUAGUGUGGCUCUCAAGCCCCAACUUUCUUCCUGCCUCCUCCCGAUAUGUCUACAGUACCUGUGCAGCACCUCUGGCAGAUAUGUCUACAGUACCUCUGGCAGAUAUGUCUACAGUACAUCUGCAGCACCUCUGGCAGAUAUGUCUAUAGUACCCCUGGCAGAUAUGUCUACAGUUCCUCUGCAUUACCUCUGGCAGAUCUGUCUACAGUACAUCUGGGAGAUCUGUCUACAGGACAUCUGGGAGAUCUGUCUACAGGACAUCUGGGAGAUCUGUCUACAGUACAUCUGGGAGAUAUGUCUACAGUACAUCUGGGAGAUAUGUCUACAGGACAUCAUCUGGGAGAUAUGUCUACAGGACAUCUGGCAGAUCUGCCUACAGAACAUCUGGGAGAUGUAUCUACAGUACAUGUGGCAGAUAUGCCUACAGUACAUGUGGCAGAUAUGCCUACAGAACAUCUGGGAGAUUUGUCUACAGUACAUGUGGCAGAUAUGCCUACAGAACAUCUGGGAGAUAUAUCUACAGUGCAUGUGGCAGAUAUGCCUACAGAACAUCUGGGAGAUAUAUCUACAGUACAUGUGGCAGAUAUCCCUACAGUACACAUGGCAGAUAUGCCUACAGAACAUCUGGGAGAUAUGUCUACAGUACAUGUGGCAGAUAUGCCUACAGUACAUCUGGGAGAUAUGUCUACAGUACAUCUGGCAGAUAUGCCUACAGUACAUAUGGCAGGUAUAUCUACAGUACCUUUGGAACAUAUGCCUACAGUACAUCUGGCAGGUAUAUCUACAGUACCUCGGAUACAUGUGUCUACAGUACCUGUGGCAGAUGUGUCUAUAGUACCAGUACCUGUGGCAGAUGUGUCUACAGUACAUGUGGCAGAUAUGCCUGCAGUACAUCUGGGAGAUCUGUCUACAGUACAUCUGGGAGAUCUGUCUACAGGACAUCUGGGAGAUCUGUCUUCAGGACAUCAUCUGGGAGAUCUGUCUAUAGGCCAUCAUCUGGCAGAUAUGCCUACAGGACAUCUGGGAGAUCUGUCUACAGGACAUCAUCUGGCAGAUCUGUCUACAGGACAUCUGGGAGAUCUGUCUACAGGACAUCAUCUGGGAGAUCUGUCUACAGAACAUCAUCUGGGAGAUCUGUCUACAGAACAUCAUCUGGGAGAUCUGUCUACAGAACAUCAUCUGGGAGAUCUGUCUACAGGACAUCUGGGAGAUCUGUCUACAGAACAUCAUCUGGGAGAUCUGUCUACAGGACAUCUGGGAGAUCUGUCUACAGAACAUCAUCUGGGAGAUCUGUCUACAGGACAUCUGGGAGAUCUGUCUACAGAACAUCAUCUGGGAGAUCUGUCUACAGGACAUCUGGGAGAUCUGUCUACAGAACAUCAUCUGGGAGAUCUGUCUACAGAACAUCAUCUGGGAGAUCUGACUACAGGACAUCUGGCAGAUAUGCCUACAGUACAUGUGGGAGAUAUGUCUACAGAACAUCUGGGAGAUAUACCUACAGUACAUGUGGGAGAUAUAUCUACAGGACAUCUGGGAGAUAUGCCUACAGUACAUGUGGGAGAUAUGCCUACAGUACAUGUGGGAGAUAUGUCUACAGAACAUCUGGGAGAUAUGCCUACAGUACAUGUGGGAGAUAUGUCUACAGUACCUGUGUCAAAUGUGUUUUCAGUCCCUCUGGCAGAUAUGUCUACAGUACAUAUGACAGAUGGGUCUACAGUCCCUCUGGAACAUAUGUCUACAGUACCUCUGGCAGAUGUGUCUACAGUACCUCUGGUAGAUGUGUCUACACCCUUUUUACUGCUUCAGAACUAAUUCCACCACUUAACUGUUGUGUGACUUUGACCAACUUCACCUCUCUAAAUGUUAUUUUCAUCCUCUAAAAUGUCAGCACUAAAAAGCAUUUAUUGUGUAAAA